UACAAUGCAAGUACAGAAAAAUAUAUAGAUAUAUUUUAACGUACUUAUAAUAUCAUAUAUUUAUAUACAAAUGUAUGUUUAAUGUUCAUGUUCUGAUUAACGUAGUGAUGCAAAAAUUUUGAGGUUAAGUAGUGUCAUUUGACUACAAUUGUCAAAAAGAAAUAUAUUUUUAACAAAAAUUGUUUAUUUGGAUUUACUAUAUUAUCAAGAUUUUAUUAUGAUGCAAUUUUGACAAAAUAUAUGCGUAAUAAUAAUUAUAAUAAAAUUGGAAUAAUAUAUCACAUAUCAAAUUAUAUAUAUAUAUAUAUAUGUAUAUGUAUUAGCGUGAACAAAUAUAUACAAUUAAUUUUACUUGAGGAAAAAUUAAAACCGACAUUAUAAAAAAAUGUUAGAAAUAACUUGCAAUGAUCGAUUAGGAAAAAAGGUUAGAGUGAAGUGUAAUCCAGAUGAUACUAUCGGUGAUUUGAAGAAACUUAUAGCAGCUCAAACAGGAACACAUUGGGAAAAAAUUGUAUUAAAGAAAUGGUACACUAUCUUCAAAGACCAUAUUAAACUACAGGACUAUGAAAUACACGAUGGCAUGAAUUUAGAGUUAUAUUAUCAAUAGUUGUGUACAGAUUCGAUAUAAGUACUUAUAAUAUUUUAAUGUAUUAAUAAUUAUUAUUUUCCACUUGUAUUUAAAUAAAUUUUUUAUUUCAAA